AUGGGGUAUGAUCAGGAUCAUAUACUAGAGCAGCAGCAUAUACCAGAUGAUAAUGACAUUGCAGCAGCGGCUGCCCCAACAAUGUUAGCUGUGGAGCCUCCCUUUCUUGGAGGACCGGAAAAUAUAUCUCUGCUGCACUCUUAUGCCAACCAUGUGGCAUUGCCGCUUUGGUAUAAUUCAGAUAGCGUUCGUAAGGCGCGUAUUGUAAAACCAAUUAAUCAUGGGGCUAAGGUUUUGAGUCUCGGACGUUCAAACGGGAAUCAGGAUUGGUUUUGGGAUCCGCUUAGGGAGAGCGGGUUACAUGAUUUGGUUUACCUGGGCUACGCCACUGUGCCUCAUGCUUUGCUGAUGACUCUAUGCGAGAGGUGGCAUCCCGAGACCAGCACUUUUCACAUGCCCUUGGGGGAGAUGACUGUGACUUUGGAUGAUGUCGCAUCUCUUAUGCAUCUUCAGAUUGAAGGACGGAUGUUGAGCCAUGGGAAGAAGAUGUUGAAACAUGAGGGAGCGGCACUAAUGGUGAGGCACUUGGGUGUGUCGCAGUAG